UGCUCGCGGCUGUGACGGACUACAGAGCUCCGGGUCCAGGGCAGAGGCGGCUCGCGGUGACAGCGGUUGGUACUAGCGAAGUACGGCGGCACAAAUAUCGGCCGACGGGGUGUUUUUUUUUUUUUUUUUCUCUUCGGGGGGUUUAACGUUCUCCCGAAAAAAAAGUUGACAUCUGCAAGUAUGCAGUCCGAAUCGGGAAUAGUUCCCGACUUCGAGGUUGGAGAGGAGUUUCAAGAGGAGCCUAAAACGUAUUACGAACUGAAGAGUCAACCCUUGAAAAACAGCAGCCCGUCGGACCAGCACGGCUCCUCCAAGCCCCCGCUGAGCUCCUCGGCCAUGACAUCACGCAUCCUGCUUCGCCAACAGCUGAUGCGGGAGCAGCUUCAGGAGCAGGAGCGGCGGGAGCAGCAGAGACAACAGGCCUCCCAGUACCCACAAACCACCGCGGCCCAGACCCCUGCCAUCAAUGUCAGCGUCCCUACCAGUUUGCCGCCCACUGCCCAGGUGCCAAUGGAGGUGCUCAAGGUCCAGACUCACCUGGAAAACCCAACUAAAUACCACAUCCAGCGCUCCCAGCAGCAGCAGGUGAAGCGGUACCUGGGAAAGCUAGGCUCUCAGGUGUUGAGCUUGCCCUGCCCCAACCAGUCCUCUGACCACGGGGGCAUGCCGCCAGGGCCGGGCAACAGCGCCCCCAACAGCCCUAUGGCCUUACUGACCUUGAAUGCUAACUGCGAGAAAGAGAUGGACGAUGUCAUCGAUGACAUUAUCAGUCUGGAGUCCAGUUACAGUGACGAUAUCCUCGGCCUCAUGGAUCCAGGACUGCAGAUGGCUAACACGAUCCCCGUGCCUACCAACCUCAUGGACAUGUACGGUAACCAGGGUAUGUCCCAGCAAGGCAUGCCCAUCAGCAACUCAUGCCCUGCCAACCUGCCCAACAUCAAAAGGGAAUACUCUGUUUCACAAUCCCCGGCCAUCAUGCAUAUGCUGGAUAAGUCUGGAUCCUGCGGCAAAUUUGACAACUAUCAGAGGCCUGAAGGGUUCCCCGUGGAAGCAGAGGUAAGGGCGAUGGCGAAGGAGCGGCAGAAGAAGGACAACCACAACCUGAUUGAGAGAAGACGGCGGUUUAACAUCAACGAUCGAAUCAAAGAAUUGGGAACUUUAAUUCCAAAAUCCAACGACCCGGACAUGCGCUGGAACAAAGGCACCAUCCUGAAGGCAUCAGUGGACUACAUCAGGAAGCUGCAGCGGGAGCAGCUGAGGGCCAAGGAGCUGGAGAAUCGCCAGAAGAAGCUCGAGCAUGCCAAUCGACAUCUGAUGCUAAGGAUACAGGAGUUAGAGAUGCAGGCUCGGGCUCACGGUCUGGCCAUCGCGUCUUCGGCACUGUGCUCGGCCGACCUCGGGGCCCGGAACAUUAAACAGGAGAGCGCUCUGGAGGACUGCCACCAGGACCUGUACACGCUCCACCCCCACCACCAACACCACCCCGCCUGCACCCCAGAGCCGCCCGGCACCCUGGAGCUCAAUGAAGGCCACUCCAACUUCCCCGAGGGCCACUACAGCGUUCACAACAAGCCGGGCUCCAAACUCAACGACAUCCUCAUGGAAGACACCUUAUCACCGGUGAGAGGGGGGGACCCUUUGCUCUCGUCCGUCUCCCCAGACGCCUCAAAGGACAGCAGCCGCAAGAGCAGCGUAAGCAUGGAUGAGAAUGAGCAGUGCUGUUAGCACCCCCUACUGGAAGACACCUCGUCUGCAUCUCCAACCCCUGUCAGCAGCUCACACACUCCCAGCUGCUGGAGAACCUUUAUCCUGUUUGUGUCAUUUUGUUUUUGUUGUUGUUUUUGUUUUCCCCCUCACCUGUGUUUACAUGUGUUGAACCUUUUCCAUUUUUUUUUUUUUUUCGAUAUCUUUUGUCUUUUCAAGCCCUCAACCUUGAUUUCAAGGACUGAUUAUAAAAAAAAAGUAUGUCUGCUUUAAUCAAUACUUUGAUGACAAUGAGUUACAAAAAUAGAAGUUUUUAUAUUUAAAAAUAUAUAUAUAUGCAUUUAUCUUUGGAUAUAGGCUAGAUUAUGUUUAUUUCUAUUGAUUCCAAAGAAUCUAGGGAAGUUAUUGAAUCAAUGGUCAGAAAUGUAGAUAUUUUGUGGUGAGAUGAACACUGCUUUUUAAAUCACUAGCAAUAAUAGAAGAAAAUCUAUUUAUUACUAUAGUGCUUUACACUCCUUGUGUCUUAGAUUUGAACUUGAAUGUGUCGAUGCCUUAUUAAGAUGUGUACACAUCGAUGUUGUAUUGCUAUGCACAUGUUUUGGCUGUUAGCUGAGUCUUUGUCAGUCUUCCAGUUUAAAAGUUUCUUCCUUGACAAAUAUUAAUCAUUUGUAGAUUUGAUCUUAUUUAUGUAUCUAUGUAAGCAGGAUGUUGUGUACACAUUCCCCUCAAGAAAUUAAUUUAUAAACAAGGUAUUUAAAAGAGCCUAAAGAAGUGACAGAGGUGAUAAUUAAUGAAAGCACAUUCAAAAAAAUGAUGCUUAAAUGUCUCCUUUAAAAAAAUUAAUGUGAAACAAAAUCAACAUUUACAGUGGCUAUUUUUAGUCUUUUAUUCAAUCUCAUAAAGAGCCAGAAGCCGUAACCAGAGAGAAAGGUCUGAUCAGAUGUAUUUCCAUGGUACAUUCCUCUCUGCAAAAACCAAUGAAAUACUGAACUAUAGAAAAAUAUUUUAAAUUCAAGAUUUUUUUAUUAUAUUCUCAAAACUAGCAAAAUCUUAUCAAAAAUGAAAACCCCCCGUUGUAAUCCUGAGACACACAACAAGCUGAUUUGACAACUGAUCGAUUUUAUUCUAUAAAUCUUUGUGAUCGAUGAAGUUGAAUCAGUCCCGUUGUUAUUGUUUUCUCGGCUGUAGUAAUUAUACUACAGAACAGAUUCUUCGACUUCAGGUAUGUGUUGAUGCAAAGUCCUCAGUUUUUAUACUACUCCAUCCAUUUCCUAAAUUAUUGUUAUUUUCUACACCAUGGUGGUGACAUUUCACAUUCAGUAUGUUUUUUUUUGUUUUUGUAUUGCCAAGGAGUAUAAGGAGACUGCUUUGGGAUUUUGUAUGAAAUGCAUGACAUUGUCAAAACACUGGAAUGACCUCUGUAAAUUGAAACGUGGUUUGUUCGCCUUUUUUUUUUUUUUUAAAUCUAGGCAUAGACUAACUAUUGUAUUUGGCUUUUCAAAUGCAUACAGAAUAUUGUAGAUUCUUUACAGUGUAUGGUUGUUGUGUAGUUCCGCGGUUUGUUUUCAGCAGUUGUAGCACUUGGCAUAAGGAGAAAUUUGUUAAUAACUACCUGCCGUGCAUUGAGAGCCCUGUUACAGCACAGUCUCCAUUUUGUUAAACUAUGCAAUGGUUAAAAUUGUGCCUGCAAAGCAGCGGCAUCGUGUCUUGAUCAUGUGACCUUCCUUCUGAAUUGGUCUAAAACAGCAUCAAAGUAAUUAUGUUUUUAAUUGAUUUAAGUGCCUUACAGUAGCUUCUGUUACCCUGGUGAUGUAUGAGAAGUUGUAGACAGUGAUGCAACAUUUUGUCAAUGUUUAAAUACUGGUGUCUGGUGCUUCAUGGAUUAACUGAAGAGUGCCGAGCUACAUUAGAACAUAGUAGGAAAGGACCUUCUGUCAGUACAAGAUAACACUUUGAGCCUCUAAGCCUCAAGAACCGCAAGUAAUGGUUUGUUAUUAUGGCACCCCAAAGUGUUGAGCAUUGAAUAAGUAAGUUAGGCAUUAUGGAAUACAUAAACAUGAAAGUUAACAGUCUAAAGAGAUAGAAAUGAACUUAUAAAAAAUUGAAACAACUUAAUAAAUUAUUAAGCCAUCAUUAUAUUCAUCAUUUUAUUUAUUUUGUUUGUGCGUCUGUGCAGUAAGAAUGAUUUAAAAGUGCCCUUUUUUCCCCAAAGGCAAUCCGUCUUACUGGCUUUAACAACAUCCACAACAUUUAGCCUUCUAGCUUUCGUUAGCUACAGCAAUGACAAAGCUGGAAACAGAUACUGUUCAGCUGCUGAGGCAACCAAACACAGUGCAUUAUAAGUUACUUUUAUAUAAAAUUGUUACCAUGCUGAGGGAAAUCAAUCCUUCCUACAUGCUAAAUAACAUCCACAACAUCUAGCCAGCUAGCUUGUGAACCUCUGUUAGCUAGAGCAACAGCAAUGCUAAAAAAAAAAUACUAACCAGCGGCUAUAUAUAUAGCAAACAGCCACAGCACAUAGGCAUUGUAACUUACCUCUACCGUUAUUUAGCAGAACAUGGCUACAGAUGCUACUUAGCAACCCGGCUAACUAGCUUGUCCGCUGGGGUUAUUACUCAGCAUCAAAGUGAAGAAACAGUCUUCAGUAACUAGCUAACUGGACACACAGAAAAGACAUUUAACUCUGUGAAGAGCCAAUGGGAGCUAGCUACAGUUGGUAAAAGUCGGUAAAAAAUUUCUUUAAUAUACCUUCAACAACAAUUAGUGAAAUGUCUUACAUUUCAUUCAGCACUAUCAAGUCAGAAUUUAAAAUGAACUGAUAAUUUGAUUUAUCAGUUAACCAUUAGCAUGCUAGUUACCACAGGAUGCUAAUGGUGUGCAGGGUAAACAUCAGGCCUACCUGCCUAGCAUCUGCUUGCUAACACAGUCACAGGGAGCAUAUUAGCGUGCUGGUGUUUGCAUUUAGCUCAGAUCACUGUCAGAGCUGCAACAUGGCUGUAAACACUCAGUCUUGGUCUAUUUAUUGAAUCUCAUAUUUAUUUAUUUAACGCUGAACACUUUGGGGAUGUUUAUUAAGGUCAAAUUCUACACUGAUGGCCGUGUUUUCUAAAGUGGUGCCGAAUAUGUGAUGACUGCCUAAAUGGGUUGCCAAAAUUAAAUAUACAAUACGUUUAUAUAACAUGUAAAUAGCCAUUUUUAAUAACUAAGUCUAUGCACCUCCAUUAGUGGUGUUUCUCCUUUGUCGUUACAAUACCUGAAGGGUAUACAGGGUCAGGCUAUGAGUCAGCUAGAAACAGGUGAAUGACAUGGUGACAGUUCAUUUGAUAAAAGGUUUCCCUGCAAGCUUUCGACUGCAUCUCACAGUCUUCAUCAGCAGAUGGCGACACUCCAGCUGUCAUGAUGUGACAGUCUAAGUAGUAUUCUGUCACUGAAAAGCCUGGAACAAGCUUGCAAGUGGACCUCAACCUGACAUUUUUAUUUUUGUGACAGGUGAAUUUCAGUUGCACAGUGGCUGUCACGGUAUUGCCAAUCCCACGUACUGAGCCUUAAUGAUGCAGCAGACAGGCCUGUAACAUUUGCCUUUUGACUGAACCCAGAUCAGCUUCUUUUUUUCAGAUAAAUCAUCUAAACCCUGCAAUGUGACAUUAGUGCGUUACAAUAAAUACCAGUAUCACACACACGAUGGUGGUGGUGGUGGUGGUGGUGGCACUUAAUUUUUAAAAAAGCCAUCGCUCUGAGAUGAUUUCUCAUAAUGAAUCCUCCUGCUGUUAUUUGUGAUGGCACAUUAUGGGUAAACCACUAAUGAAGAACCCUCUUUCUCUGUCUCCUCUGCUCCCUCUCACUCCUGUGGUUCACACGGACGCCCGUUCUCUGCUGGUGUUGCUACUGUUUUCUUUACUACACGUUAAAUGAGAUGAAUGUAGCAAUAGUUACUGUACGUACUGGUUUUCAGAUUAGCAAAUGCGAAACUCAUCGGUACUCAAUGUGGAAACUAUCUUGUGAGAAAUAUUAAAACGUUUUAUUUGAAUGUUUGUCGA